ACUAAAACGGCACCCAGUCUCCACUCAUCAUUCAGCCAGAAUGCACGCUUGCCUGCAAGUUUCAGAUAUCCAAUACCUCAUCUUCUCUCUCUGCGAAGGGAUCAGCUCUCGUGGGACGCUGGCCGCGCUUGCGCGGACGUGCUCGCAAUUCUAUGGUCCUGUUAUGGACGCUCUGUGGUAUUCCAUAGACGGAUUCAGCCCAUUGCUCCAUAGCUUGCCUCCACACCUCUUCGCAGUACGGUCCCGUCCAUGCAUAUGGUCAGAAUAUGUCGAGGAGAGAGAGCUUUACUUCGCCAAGGGGCCUUCACCAGAAGAUUGGGUAGCCUUCUUCAAGCACGCUCAUCGCAUCAGAGAUCUCACCAUUGGACUUACAACGCCUAAUUUAUGCAUGGCCACAACAUAUUCCAAGACGAUAUUCCCAGUCAUCUUGGAACAGAUGCGCUUGCGACUCACGGACCCGUCCCAUCCUCCGAUCUUCCCCAAUCUACUUACCGUGAGAUGCCAAUGGCGGUCAACCCUUGGGAUCGUCUCAGACUAUAUCCCUCGCCUAUUCAACUCCCGACUCCGUACCGUCUGGAUCUCUACAGACGCUCAAGGCCCCAGAGAGGUCGAGAAGUACAAUGAUUUCUUGUCAUCCAUGAAGGCUGGUUACGACAACGUGGAGAUUCUCAGUGUGCUCUCAGGUUUCUCCACGAAGGACGUCUUCGGCAGCGGCUCACCCCAGCUAUCGGAAUAUAUCGCCAGUCUGCAUGCCCUGCGGGUAUUUCGCAGCAAUGUCCUCAUCGACGAAGCGGCUGUACGACACUUAUCAUUAUCUCGACAUCUCACGAACCUCAGUUGUCGUAUCCCAGAGCUGCCAGAAAGCUCCCGGCCAGUUAGUACCCUGGAUUCUCUGCGGGAGGUCAGCCUGUACGGGCCGAACAUGGAAAGCUGCACGUCGUUCCUCAGAGCCAUUCGCACACCCUCGUUAGAUUCUCUCGAGCUGCAGUUCAAUGCCCCGUGCACCACGGCCGCCGUCCACUCCUGCCUCGAAGUCGUCGCUGCCUCCACGUCCCUACGUUACCUUAGACUCUGGGCCGACCGCGUGGCUUACACGUUUUACCAACCGAGACCCUGCACCAUCACCUCGCGCACUUUGAGUCUACUCUACGACCUAAGCGAGCUGACGGAGCUGCACGUCGAAGAACAUAUACAACUUGACUUGUGCGACGACGACGCGCUGGAGAUGGCGGAGGCUUGGCCGAGCAUGCAGAAGCUGGUGUUUAUGGCAUGUUCGGGCACUGACGAACACCAAGGCCACCCACGGCUGACCACUCGAGCUCUGCUCCACGUCGCGAAGCAUUGGCCGGAUCUCUAUCAGCUCGGGCUGUCUUUCGAUGCUUCGGACAGUAACCGGGAGCGCCUUGCUAGCCUGAAGACCGAUGAAUUCGGAAGGUGUCUCAGAACUCUCGAGGUGCACCCACCACUCUCUUACGUGGACGAUGCCAGAGGUGUAGCUCUGUUCCUCUGUAAUCUGUUUCCGAACCUGCAGGCGGUCCGAUUCAGCGACACGGACCUUGCCCAUGCGCUGCUCCUCUGUAAUCUGUUUGCGGACCUGCAGGACGUCCGGUUCUGCGACACGAACCAUGCUAUAGCUCACGGAUAG